UGUGCGUCCUGGUCUCACUCACUCACUCUCUCCCUCUCCCUCUCCCUGUAACGUCAGUUGUGGCCACUUCAGGUGCCACAACCUGGGCUUUCCCCAUGUUUCAAAUGGCCACUGCAAAUUGUGGCUGAAAGAAGGGGCCACCACCACCAUUACCCAUGUGGACUGACGCAUUGACUGGCUGACAGAUAGAAGAGAUUGAAAGAUAGAAUACUUCUCACGAAGAAAAGGAAGGCUGUUCAGGGGAACAAGAAGAAUAAGCUCCGGUUGGUUCCGGGCUGUGCUGGGCCGGGCCGGGUUGAGGCUGGGACUGCUUGACCCGGCCCUGGACACCACAGAGAGGUUGAGAGAUUCUGCGUUGCCAGUGUCCGUUCACACAGCGAACUCUUUUCACACUGGCGUCCCGUGUCCGGGACCCUGAACCGGGCGUUUCCCAGCGUCGUUGUCGCCGUCGUUGUCUUGGAGCCUCGAGCAAGCAUUUCUGUGCUUGCGAGAGUGCCGGAUUUGCUGUUUCGAUUGUGUGCCUUGGGUGGAAGGCGGGAAUUCGAUCGUUGCGCGGGCUCACGGUAGCCGUUGAGCUUGAGCUUAUGCAUCCCGUAUUUUUAUUGGAGGUCUGGAGGUUUGGAAGGUUUUGGGAGCAUUGUUGCGGAAACUGUGAAUGGAGGGAGAGCUUCAGGAGGCGAUCUGGAUUGCCUGUGGAUGCGUGGGAGGAGUGAUGAGAGACAGGGAUUCGUGCUGGGGUGAAGGGCGUGGAAAACCAGGGGAGAGGAAGAGAGGUGAACAGAACGGGGUAGAGGAAUAUCAAUCUUAGCAGCAACAGGAUCCUUCUCUCUACGUACUCUCUCUCUCUCUCACUCACACACACACACACACACACAUAUAUAUAUAUAUAUAUAUAUGCGUUGGUUGAAUACUAAUUAUUUUUGGAAGUUGGUGGUAGCGAGAGACGAGGCGAGGAUUUGAAGGCGAGGAGGUGGAGGAGGAGGUAGCAAGGCGGAAUAGUUAUUGUGUUCAAUGUAUGAGGGGUAGAGGAAGUAGUUUGUGGUAGGAGGGUCGGUCGUCAUGGAAGGUUACGUUGCAGGGGGUAGUUCGUCUGCGGGGACCAGUGCUGGCCACACCUCUACCACCGGUAGCAUCCCGACCUCGGCCAACACUUCAACCUCCACGGAAUCAAUCAUCCAAAGAUUAAUCAAUUGUGGAGUACCGGCGGAAUAUGCAGAAAGAGGUCAAGCAGGGCUUGCGGACUAUGCGAAAAAUCACAGGUUUCAGCUGCCGCGAGUGAUAAGUGGCCUGCUUCCUGGCAUGGAAGAACUGGAGGCUGUUUCUACGACAGAUGCUGAUGAGGCUCAAGGACCCGGCACACGCAAAGGGUUCUUGAGUCAGUGCAGGGAUGCAAUUGAAUGGGUGAAAUGGGUUAUGUUUCAGGGUGAACCACAGGCUAUCUUAGAAGUGGCUGGUCAAGGUGGUGGAGGUGCAAGAGGCGUAUGUGGAGCUGUCUGGGGUGUGAACGACAUUGCCUAUAGAUGCCGUACUUGUGAACAUGAUCCUACUUGUGCGAUAUGUGUGUCCUGCUUUCAACUUGGAAAUCAUUCCACGCACGACUACUAUAUAAUGCGCACUGGAGGGGGGUGUUGUGAUUGUGGGGAUAUUACGGCUUGGAAGCAGGCUGGAUUUUGCUCGAGACAUAGCGGUUUUGGUCAAGCGGUUUCCUUGCCGUCGUCCAUCGAAGAAGCGGCUACUCCAGUGCUUGAAGCUCUCUUGAUUCACUGGGUUCGAUGGUUGAAGGCAGCUGAUGCAGUGACGGAAGGAAAGUCAAAAAUAUGGAAAAAUCUGAAAGUGGAAGAAAAAGUGGCAUCGCAACUUUCGGUGGUGUGUGUUGAGCUAUUAAUGGAGUUAUGUAGUUACGGUGAAACUAUGCUGGCAUUCAUAGCAGACCUCAUGGGUAAAAAUGCAUCAGGGAUACUAGACACUUUGAUGAACACAGAACAUUUCUUACCGAAGCCUGUUAGUGCAUCUUUGCACGAGUUAUUAUACAAGCUUCUUGGAGACAGCAAUUUUAAACUGUCAUUUGCGAAAGUUUUCAUUUCUCACUAUCCUAAAUUUUUUAAGGAUUCUGCUGCAGCAGAAAGUGCAGCAAUUGGAAUCACGUCAACAAGCAAGUAUAGCGAACAGGCCAUUCUUAACAGCUUUUCUGUACAGAUUUUUACAGUUCCAACACUUACACCGAAACUGGUCAUUGAGUCGAGACUUCUAGAGAUGCUGCUUGGCACAUUGAAAGAGUUCUUCCUUGCUUGUGCCGGAGAGGAUGGUCGACUUUUGGGAAGUAAGGGUCUAUUGGUCAAACGCCUGUACCAUCGAAUUCUUGAGGACAUAAGAUAUGUGAUGAAUCAUUUCGAGGUGGCAAAGUAUGUUGCGGAAAGGAAACCUGAACUCUUGAGAGCGUGGCUUCACUUGCUUGCCUUCGUUCAAGGCAUGUACCCGCAGCGGCGCAUGACAGGAAUUCACGUAGAAGAAGACAAUGAGGUGUGGAGUUCCGGUUAUUUCUUGGAGAGUCAAAUGGCUUCCAUCCACUCUCUAUUUGUUGCAGGAGCAGCUGCAGCUUCUAAUGCAUCCUUUGAGGAGACAUAUUUGUCUAAACCUUGUGGUAGCUUUGGAUUCGUGAAGGAGGCUCUGGGUAAUGGAGAGUCUUUCAGCAGGCCUGUCAGAAUUGGAUGUGUAUUGAGAGAGCCCAACGAGACAGCUGGUGCUAGCGGCAGUGGUCCCUCUGAAGCAGUCGUAGAGAUGCGUGAUGCCACUGUUACAGUUGAUGCUGUUGAGGGUAUCCAGAGUGAGAUUGUACCACAUCCAGUCGAGAAAAAGGAUGUUGGGUUUGUCUCCCCUGCACGGAUGACAAUGCCAGCUUCGUUGGUGUGGCUCAUCUCUGAAUGCACCCAAGUUCUUGACACUUGGCUUCGUUUAGAUGCUGCGAGAGAGGUCGCAAAAUCAGGGCAGUCUGGUUGUGAAGGUGGCCAAGAGUCGGAACAACGGAGUGCAACUCAAGUGCAACAUGGGAAGGGUAGAUUUUUGUCGGUUCCGCAAAAUCAAGGUGAUGUCGACGUAGAUAUUGGUGAAGCAGAGCCAGUGGCGAAAGCUGGUGUUACAGAAUGGUGGAUGGGCUCAGAACCAGUACAUCUAGCGCCUACAGCAAACUGUGAAGUUGAUGAGUGGGCAGUUGUAGAUUUUGAUGUCAGCCGUCAGGAGGUAUCCUUCCACAUCCCACUGCAUCGCAUGCUUGGACUGCUACUCCACAAGGCUCUUGAUUAUUUUGCUUUGUAUACUGAAGCAUCCGCUGGUCCAGCUUUUGUGUCUCCAAAUGUCCAUGCUUCUGGCGAGAGGUUUCUGGCACAAAUGUUUCCACCAGGAUUUACGUCUGUGCUUUUGGAGCAUCCUCUUCGGCUUCAAGUUUUAUGUGCACAAGUUCAGGCCGGAAUGUGGCGUUACAAUGGGAUUUCAUCCAAUGAUCUAAGUAUUCUCUAUCACACUGUACAUUGGUGUGAAGACAGCCUCGAGCUAGAUUUAUUUUUACUGCAGUGUUGCGCAGUAAUGGCACCUCCUGAAGAAUUUGUUGAGCGUCUUCAAGUUCGGUUUUUACUGUCUGAUUAUUUCACACUCGUGCUCUCUUGCCCCAACGAGUAUGAAGUGACUCUGGCACAGGAGUUAUUAGUACUAAUGAUUAGAUUAGUCUCAGAGCGUGGUUUUUGCGGAAUCACUGAAGUCGAUGCUAUACGGCGAGAUCUUGUCUGGAGACUAGCUGUUGGAGAUGCUACUCACAGUGUCUUACUGAAGGCUUUAUCUCCACGUCUACGAGGAAGCAAGCAUGUACAAGAAAUCUUGAAUUCAGUAGCAACGUAUCGUAAUCCAUCUGGGAUGCAGCAGGGGAAGUAUGUUUUGAGAGAAGAUUAUUGGUGUGAGCUGGACCUUUAUCAUCUACGAUGGAAUUCUCGGAAUAUCCAAGUAGCUGAAGAUCGUUACUUGAGAGCACGUAAAGUUCCUGCUAUGUUUGUUCAAUUACCUCGCUGGAAGCAACCAUACAAGCAGUUUCAAAAUUUGGGUCAAUUCAGCAUCUGUCGUCGAGUUCAUGACAUGCUUCGUUCUGUCUUCUUCCAUGCUGCCUUUGCUGAGAACCCAUCUAAAUCACGGGCACCAGAGGGGUUGCUCUUGAGUGCUCUACAUCUAUUAGCUUUGGCAUUGGAUGUUUGUUCUGCAUACAAAAUGUCAGCUGAGGGCGCCACACCUGGAGCUUCAUCAACAAUUUCUAGACCUCUUGGUCUUGAUAUGUGUUCUACUGACAAAAAUUGCGAGGAUACCCCACCACUGCUUCUAGACUCUGUGAAGAGGGUUGCAGUAGCAAGAGAAGAUGGAAGCAUGAUGGAGGAGCAGCAGAGUAUGCUAUCUACACUAGUGCUGGUUUUGCGAAAGAAUAACACUGGAGAUAAUAUGGCAACAUCCGCUCUUGGGAAUUUUAGAGUUGGAGGUUUGAUAAAGAACCUUCUACUGCGGUUCGGCGAAUUAAACCAAAACUGUCUGGGUGAAAUUGAGUUGCUAGCUCCUGAGAUCUUCCAGCGUACUCCUGCUACUGGUGCUACACAUUGGGCAGAUGGUUCGGGGGACAACAAAAGUAAGGAUGUUUCUUCAGUUUCUGAAUUUGACAUAACAAGAGCUGUUGUUCGCAAACGUCAGGCAGCUGUUAUGGCAAAAAUGAAAGCUGCACAAGAGCGAUUUGCCGUGGUUAACCAGUGUGCUGAAGAGGGCAAUAGUCAAGGGCGAGAAGAAGAAGCAGAUGCGAAACGUGCAAGAAAGUCAGAAGGGGGAAGUGAUGAUGUAUGUAAAGAAACCCAAUUACACUGUGCACUUUGUCUAGACUCGGCAAGUGCAAGUCCAUUAUGCUUUUUGACAUUCAUUCAGAAAUCUAACCUUCUGGAAAUUACGGAGAGGACCACACCAUCAUGGGAUCACCGUACAGUUGUGCUCCCACUACAAGCGGAAAGAGAGGGUGUGGCUCCUGGUGGACCAAGCACCAUGUGCACCCCUGUUGGAGAUGGAACACAUCCAAAUUUGCAAAGCACGGUAGAGCUAUUGCGUUGGAUGCAGGAAACUUUGGUGGAUGCUCCAACUCGGACACGUUUACUUGAAGGAGAGAACUUUUUUGAGCUUCUUCGCAAUGGAUUGCCUCUGGGUUUACGAAAUGCAGUUCCAUCAACCCCAGCCGUAACUUCAGAGGCAACUGUUGCACCUUCUGGCGACACAGAAUCCGAGGAAGUAGAGUCUAGCUGUGAGAUAACCGAUUUAGAAAUCAGCAGUGAAGUUGGGACCAGUGACACUUCAGAUGCCUUACUUAUGAACUGGUGGGAGGACAAUCAUGAGAGGACUGAGAAAGAAGGUAGCAGUUCUAACAGAGACAUUGCAGCGGAGACUGUCUUGGCAGAGUAUGUCGCCGUUGUCUCUCGACCUCAAGCAUUGGUUUGUCGAGGAUUACAGUCAUCGGUGCAGGCACCUGCAGAACAAGGGUGGGAGGGUAAUCUGACGAGUGCGAGAAGGGCUACCGAAUCCAUGUUACACAGCAGGAUUGGAAUGAAUGAUCCCGUUGGCAUCUAUCUUUCUGCCUGUGGACAUGCUGUUCAUCAGGAUUGUCACAACCGAUACUUUUCUUCGCUCGUGCAAAGAUAUAAUAGUAGAGCUCCAUUUGAGGGAGAGCGGAUUGUGGACUUAGACCUUGGGGAGUUCCUUUGCCCUGUUUGUCGACGGCUUGCAAAUUCAGUUUUCCCAGUUCUACCUGGCCAUACGGGAUUAAACAGUCCAUUCAAAACUCCAAAUGCACCUCAAAUUUCAGUACGUAUCACUCCUGACAGUCCAACAACACUACAGUUGGAGCAUGCAUUUCGAAUGCUUAUCAAAGCAGAAGAACUGGUUUCCAAGUCUGGUUUUCGGAAAGUGGUUGAUCCACAACUCCCCGAUAUGCUGAGGGGAGUUUUAGACGAUCUUGCAAAGCGACUUUGGUUCUUUUAUCCUGGAAACGACCAGUUCUAUUUUCUUGAGCAUGGUCGAGUACAUGAAGGUCUACUUCUUUGGGACGUCUUCAGAUACACGCUUAUGUCUGCAGAGUUGGCUGCUCGGAGUAACGAAUUAAUAGUGAGUAAUUCCAGUGGCUUGGUUACGUUGGUGAAUGUCGGUGAUGCAACCCAUGGAUCAGUUUUGCCUCUCCUGCUUCAUGCUGCUAAAGCUACACAAAGUCAGAGCCGCCAGGCUAUUCUGCUAAGAGCGAGAGGCUUGCAGUUGCUGAUGGACUCUCUCGCUAAUGGCAUCUCUAGGGUCUUGUCUGCGGAAAAGGCUUUACAUGGGAAUGUCUCCUCGCUUUUGCAGAAUCUAGAUAAUGGACACAAUGCAGCAGAUUUACAGUUUUGGAAGAGAAUGGCAGAUCCAAUAUUAGUUCAUGAUUCCUUCUCAUCGUUCAUGUGGCUGCUUUUUUGCUUACCGUUGCCAUUCCCUGCAAACGGAGCUCCAUUUACAGCACUCGUCCAUCUUUUUUAUUUGGUGUCCAUUACCCAGAUCAUUGCGCAAGCCGGCACAUCAUUAGCUUUAGACACCGAGUUGGCACCAACAACCGUGUCUUUCGUAGCAUCUAUCCAUGCUAGCUUGAUUGGAACGCGCCUUCAAUCUUCAUCAGUUGAUGAGAAUAUAGCUAUUCCUGCAGGUCCUGCGCUGGUUGCAAUCAGGCGCUUGACGUUGCCCUUUCUCCGUCGUUGUUAUUUGCUGAAAACUUUGAUCACUGGUUCAGCCCAGAUAGUUCCCAUAGCUAGGGCUCACCAAUGGGAGUUGCCACAGGGACACGAGGUUCCAACAGGUUCCUCAAUGUUUUCUAAUGAUGCAAGGGAUGCAAACAGUCAGAUCUUGGGAGAUGGAGAAGAGUUGGACCAGCUGGAAAGUAUCUUUUGUAUUCCACCUUUAGCAAAGAUCCUGGAGGAGAAUGCAGUUCAAAAGCUCGUACUAACCUGGUGCCGGCAUGUGAGGACUGAUACUGGGAUGCGAUACUUUCCUGACGUUCCUCGAUUGACAACAGCAGCUCCGUUCAGGAUGAUGCAACUACCACGUCUGUUUCAGGAUCUACUGCAGAGAUUUGUCAAAGAGCGGUGCCGUCGAUGUAAUUCCGUCCCUGAUAAGCCAGCAUUAUGCCUUUUGUGUGGAGCCCUCUACUGUGCAGCUUGUCCGAAGUCUAUUUGCAGGCAAGGGGAGUUAUAUAGGCAUGCCAUGGUUUGCGGAGCAGGCAUUGGCGUCUUUUUGAUGCUGCGGACAACCAAUAUCCGUUUGCAAAGGUGCAAACGACAAGCUAUGUGGCCAUCACCGUAUCUUGAUGAUUUUGGAGAAGAGGACAUCGAUUUGCGGAGAGGGAAGCCUUUGUUUCUGAGUCAAGAAAGAUAUCAUGCCUUGAGCGCGAUGGUGGCAGCCCAUGGACUGGAUUACAGCUCACCAGUAUUGUCUCACACAACACGUGAAAGUGCAGUUUGAGUUCUAAUUCUAAGGUCCAUUAACACUCGGCUUCAUUGGGACGUCCACUACGGAAGGUAUCGUGCGUGAGGUCCUCAGGCUGCUCAAACACCUGAUAAUCAACGGGUUAGAGGAAAUUCGUGUUCUAAGCUGGUGAUACUGUGCUAUCCAUCUGUCCAACCCGAGAAUCAAUGACAGAGCUUCAGGUGGGUGUACACAGGCCAAAUUCCUUGUCUACAUGAGCAUUAGGGGCGAUUUCUAAGGCAUAGAAGAUGUAAAGCUGCCUCAGUUGUAAAAAUGUAGCAUAAAAUAUGUGUUCCACAUGCGAGGGUACGCUGUUUAAACAAUUGUUGAACAUUGGUUUCACACGCAAGUUACUUUCUUUUCUCAUGGAAUGUGGGAAUCGCAACAUCUGCAUGAAUAAAUUACCCAAUCCUGAUUCAAAUGUUC